UCGCCUCUCCGCCCUCCGCCGUCCCUCCCGCGGCAGCUCCGCCGGCACCGGCGGAGGCAGCAGCGGAGCGAGGGGCGGCCCGGGGCCGCUGCCCCUUCCCCGCCGCGGGGCUGUGCGCGGCGGGCAUCGCCGGGGGUGCGCGGAGCGCGGAGCGGAGCCCGGCGCCGCCUCCAUGUUCCAGCUGCCCAUCCUCAAUUUCAGCCCGCAGCAGGUGGCCGGGGUAUGCGAGACCCUGGAGGAGAGCGGGGACAUCGAGCGCCUGGGGCGCUUCCUCUGGUCCCUGCCCGUGGCCCCCGCGGCCUGCGAGGCGCUCAACAAGAACGAGUCGGUGCUGAGAGCCCGGGCCAUCGUGGCCUUCCACACGGGGAACUACCGGGAGCUCUACCAUAUCCUGGAGAACCACAAGUUCACCAAGGAGUCCCACUCCAAACUGCAAGCCCUCUGGCUGGAAGCGCACUACCAGGAGGCGGAGAAGCUGCGGGGCCGACCCCUGGGGCCGGUGGACAAGUACCGGGUGAGGAAGAAGUUCCCGCUGCCCCGCACCAUCUGGGACGGCGAGCAGAAGACACAUUGCUUCAAGGAGAGGACGAGGCAUUUGCUGCGGGAGUGGUACCUGCAGGACCCUUACCCCAACCCCAGCAAAAAGCGGGAACUGGCUCAGGCCACGGGACUUACCCCCACGCAAGUGGGCAACUGGUUCAAAAACCGCAGGCAAAGGGACAGGGCAGCAGCCGCUAAGAACAGGCUACAGCAGCAGGUCCUAACGCAGGGCUCGGUGCGCUCGCUGCAAGCGGAGGAGGAGAGCGGCGGGGAGGCGGUGGGGGCCGCCUCCAGCCCCGCAGCCAGCCUCUCCAGCAAAGCGGCCACCUCCGCCAUCUCCAUCACAUCCAGCGACAGUGAAUGUGACAUCUGACACCACCGCCACGGCAAAGCGGGCCGAGAGGGAGGCCCGGCUCACCGGUGCCUGCCG